AUGGCGGGAAUCGUCAACGGACCCCUUUCUCUCUUCCGCAAGUCGGACUCUCCAAAACCUCUCCAUGCUCGAUGGGGGGAUGUGUCCAUCUCCGUGCCCACAGAUGGCUCAUGGAAUCAAUACAACAAUCCCCAUCGACCCGUCAAAGAGAGAGCAGCAUAUGGGCCAGGCUACGUCCCCGACUGCUCUCCGGAAGACCGCCGGAACCCCCGUCCAAUGAAAGAAGAGGACGCAGACGACGACGCCAAAAGCGUCUGCAGCGAAGCAUCAACAGUCUCGCGGCGGAGCUCACUAUCUCUCGGAAGCCUGCGACCGGGCCGGCUCUCGGUGCGCCUCGCGUCGCGCCCGAAACAACUGCGGGGCGAAUCGCAGAUGGAAAGAGAUGCCCAGCGCUCCGAGCGAAAACGAAACGAAUUUGCAUAUCGACCAAUUCAACAAGACUACACCUCCGAAGUAGUCGAAAAUGCCACUCAUCCCAACAAUCGCUUCAAGUACAUCCCGACCAACGGACGAUACCUUCAAAGCUCAGGCGCCGAGACUCCGCGCAGCCAAUCCGUCAGCUCGUCCCGCACCCUCCUCUCGCGGCGCGGCUCGAUGUCCGAGUCAAGUGAGCAGCGAUACAGCGGUCGCGAUCGUGACCACCAUACUCCGAAUGUCCGAGGGAGCACCUACCACGAGGACGACCAUCGCAGUCUGCACUCGACUAGCUUCCGUGAUAGCUCGGACAGUUCUAGUUCGCGGCGAAAUCACGGGCUGCCGCCGAGACGGCGCACGUCACCUUUUGUUGCGGCUGAUAGCAAGAGGGCUUCUUCGAUCUCGAGGCCUAUGACUGUGGCUAUGGUUCCUGAUCCUGACGAUCUCUAUGAGUAA